AUAUUUGCGAAUCUACGCGUCUCGGUGCUACUUCUGUCGAUUAUCGAUCGGUUCGAAAUAGACGAAAACUGGAAAAUAAGGGCUGCUGAUUAGGCGCUAACUACAAACUGCUGAAAACCAACUUUAUUUCGUAACUUUGGCACGGACUGCGUCGUCACGCCGUAUCGCUGUAUCAAAUCCAGGAGAUAUGCCAUUUUUUUGUAAGAAAAUGACACAACUUAUCACACGCGGACGAUUUGUCUCCACCGGCACGAGCUACGAGGUACGUCGUAUUCCCGGUCGCCGUUUUAAACACAUUUGGCAACAAUGGACGUGAUACGUGCUCUGAAUACUUUACAAACAAAUGCACAGUACUUGAGGGCAGCUAAAACGAAUCAUUCUUCGGGAAGCGAAUCCAUUCAGGAUAUGAAAAAAUAUCUUUUUCGGUCUGGUUUGACUCUUGAAGAUGUCGACAAACUGUCGAUAAUACAUGUCACAGGAACCAAAGGGAAAGGAUCGACUUGCGCAUUCACGGAGGCGAUACUGCGCCAAUAUGGAUAUCGCACAGGGUUUUAUAGUUCGCCGCAUUUAAUACAUGUUACGGAAAGGAUAAGAAUCAAUGGGCAGCCGAUAAAGGAGGAUCAUUUUGCAAAAUAUUUUUGGCAUGUCUUCAACAAAUUGAGUAGUCAGAAGGAAAGCGAAACUGAUAUGCCUGCAUACUUUAAAUUCAUCACUGUUUUAAUGUUUCACAUAUUUCUAAACGCUGACAUCGAUGUUGUUAUUCUUGAAGUUGGUGUUGGCGGUGAAUACGACUGCACGAACAUUGUCAGAAAUCCUGUGUGUGUUGGUAUUUCCAGUCUGGGAUUGGAGCAUACCAUGUUGUUAGGAAACACGCUGGAAGAAAUUGCGCACCAGAAGUCAGGCAUAUUGAAAGAAAAUUCAAUCGCAUUCACAGUUCCACAACCAGACAAUGUUGUAAACGUUAUCAAGCAAAGGGCUAUCGAGAGAAACUGUGAACUACGAAUGGUACCAGAUUUCAAAUCUUACUAUUGGACCAGAGAUCCACCAGAUCUAGGGAUACCUGGUCCUGUUCAAGAGAUUAACGCGUCUUUAGCUGUACAAUUGGCGCACACUUGGAUUCUGAAAAUGGCAAACAGAAAUUCACGAUUUUCAAACGGUAACGAAGCAAAUAAUCGUCUUAUUGAUACGAGCGAAAACAAUAAUGCUUGUGCUGCAAAAAUUCUUCGUAGGUCACAGUUCAAUUCAACUUUUAAUGGCAAAGAGAAUUUACAUCAUAGUAGCCUCCUUCAUUCAGAGUCUCAAAUUUCUUCCAUUUCCGCCACUCUCGAUGAAAAUAAUGAUUUCUCUAUAAUUUCCCCUAAGAAAACUGCCCUCGCAUUGUCUCGCUGUGUGUGGCCAGGUCGCACGCAAGUAUUGUGUGGUAGAACAAUGGACUUUUACUUGGACGGUGCUCACACAUCUGAAAGUGUUGAACAUUGCGCCUCUUGGUAUCUAAGUAAGGUAGAUAAUAAGGGCGCAAAACGUUUCCUGAUAUUCAAUAUAACGGGCGAUCGAGACGUGUUGAAACUAUUGAAGCCACUGAAACGUUUGCACUUUGAAAAAGUUUAUUUUGUACCAAACAUAUCGGGGAAAACCGUUAAGCUAGAUCAAUUAGAAUUGCAAACGACAAGUAGUCUACAGCAUGAAAGAUGCAUGAGAAAUCACGAGAUAUGGGGUGAAGAAAAUUCAAUGGUAUUAAAAAAUGUUUGCGAAGCAUUAUCGCACAUCACUAGCACGUUUUACUCACACAGAAAUACCAACAAUGAUGAAGGUAAACCACAGGUACUUAUCACUGGGUCUCUGCACUUGGUAGGUGCUGCAUUAUUAGUUUUAGAUCCAAAUUUAACUAUGAAAACGAAUUACUGAUACGAGGUCCAAAAUUUUAACGCAUGUAUCAAUAUCAUUCAGUAAUGAGACGGGCAAAAUUCCAUACAUAAUAUGGAAUAAACAGAGCAGUGACGAUUCACUGUUGUGGUUAAAAUUCAAAUCAAAACUAAGAGUUAAAAUUUAUCUAUGCUAAUAUCAUUCUUUCUCAUUGAUUUUAUUUUACUGCAAAAUUCUGUUUAGCUAUGAUAUGCUGAAUCAUAGGCUGCCGACUAAAUUGUGAAUGUAAAAUUUCCUAAGGAUCCUAGAUUUUUCCAGGAAGUGGAAACCUACUUUUGUACACUAUAAAAAUAAUCAUACAUAUGCCGAAUAAGGACUUUCCCGAUUUAUUGAUCAAGGGAACGUACCAUGUGGGGAUAAAUAUUUAUGUCAUUCGCUUUGUAUUCAUUUUAUGUUGUAUAGCGAUUGAAUACUUUUCUACAUAAGAUCAUCAUAACAUCUACGUGAAAAUUUUUACAUAUUUUUUAUACUAAAAUUUCUUUUGCUACAGAAAGGAAGAAAAAAACGAUUUUUCUGCAUAAAUGUGAUCAUAUUCAUCCCUAAAUACUUGAAUUAAAAGAUGUACAUAAAUAGAUAAUAAUAGAUGAUCAUAAACAUUCUGUAACGUCUUUAGUCAACUUAGAAUAAAGUUUUAUUAUUACCAUUGCAUUAGAUCUCAGCGAAAAAUAAUUUUACUUACUCACGUCCUAGUUGCAUACUGCUCAGGUUUUCAAACCAAUUUAUACUGUCUUCGUAUUCUUAUUUUUAUUCAGUAAUCGAUACACUACACAAAAUUGUAUCGGAUGGAAAUAAGAAAUCAAAAAUCUUCAGUAGAAACAAUAGUUAUUAUUCAUACUUAACACUAAUAAUAACAAUAUUAAUAUGUACUUUAGUGGUACAUUGCAUUGAUAGGUGUACCACAACGCAAGCAAGCUUCCGGCUGCUUGCGAAUUUUUGUGGAUUACGUUUGUACUUUUGAAAGAAGACGAACUAAAAUUUCUAGUAUAAUUAAAUAUUUACAAGUAAUCAACAGAAGUUUGAAGAUUUCCGCCUACGCCAUUAACGGGAUCAAAACAUCUUCGAACGAUAGUCGAUUUCGCACUCUGCCUCAUUUUCCGACAAACUUAGGGAACCUCCGGCUCUUCGUCUGAGGCGAUUAUCUUCCGGACUCUGAAAAAUAAAAACAAUUGUCGAAGACAUGUUAUUCAAUGCCUUUAAUAAUCAACUUGGAAAGUAUCUUCCAAAGGCAUUGAUAAAAUUACGUAAAUAUUUAGCGUCUUCCGUUUCUGUUUUAAUGAUAAUAUGGCAGAAUGAUGUUGGAAAGAUGCAUUUGACUACUAGCGAACAAUCACACUUGAAAAUUGCCACAGUUAAUUCCAACCCAAAUCAAUGAAGCAUAAACUUAUAGCUGUUACGGGGAUAAUUUGUUUCGUUGAUACUAUAUUAAUUACCAUGCACAGCUACAGAGAAAAUGGAGAAUAUCCGUAACGUCCUAGUGAUGGUCCUAGCUGAAAAAUGUAGCAUUUCUUUCUUUAAAAGGCGUACACAAUGAUUAACCCAUGAUUUUUUAUACAUGAACGAUCAUUAGUCUUCAAAACAACUAUGCCAAAGUAUUAAUUUGAUUAAAUGUAAUAAAAAGCGCUAGGAAUUAUACAAUUAAAGUGAAGCUGAAUUUAGACACAAUAUUUCAUUUCAUCCUGUAGAACGAUCUUCGAAGUGAUACAUUUUUAGCUAAAGAUGAAUUUUAACAUUCAAAAAGCUUGCGUUCUUUUACGUUAUAUCAACCCCACACACAAAUUUAAAUGGAAAAACUCACCAUUUUCGCGAAAGUUCCAUAGUACUUAUAAAAUUCUGAAUUCUCAAGCAGUUACUUCGAACUAAUUCAAGUGAUUAAAAGUUGUGACGACUAUCAUUCACACUAUUGCACCCCCAAGACUGUCAAUAUCUUAGCAUCGAUUGAUACAGAUGCUAGUAAGUGUAAAAUAGAACCUAACUAUCACGGGCACCUAUCUGAGAAUAUUUUCAGUUGAGUAUGUACGUACUGACUGGCUCGGAACUUCAGGAUUCUAGUUUGAAGAUUUCUAACUUAGUUCAGCUAAGAGAUGUUAUCGUUUAUUUUUAAAUUUGUAUGAAGUUUCCAGUAUAUUUUGAAGUUUUUUUUUGUAGUAAACCUUUUGGAUACGAAUUUUCUAAAUUUAACUGUUG